GUCAACAAGGUGUACGGUUGUAGUGAAUUGAAUAAUGAUUAUAUCUAUUAAUUGUUGAUAGCAAUUGUUUAAUACUUUGCGAAGUGCAAUGUAACUAGUUAGUAAUCCCUGAAUAUAUCUUGAGUAAUUGCAGUAAUAAAAAUGAAUAAAUCUAUUUAUUAAUCCGCUUAGAAAUAAAAUAAAAAUGAAGUUAGUGUUUAAAAACAUUGAAAAAGAUGGCAGUGGGAGCAUCGGUCUUAUAUCUGAAGAAUCUGAGGAUAUGUGGCAUGCUUACAACCUAAUAGCAGAAGGAGAUUCUGUUACUGCGUCGACCGUACGAAAAGUCCAAAAUGAGUCGUCGACGGGCUCUUCGACAAGCACUAGAGUUCGAACUACGCUUACUAUAACCGUGGAAAAUAUUGAUUUCGAUACACAAGCAUGUGUUCUUCGUUUGAAAGGCCGCAAUAUUGUUGAGAAUCAAUAUGUGAAGAUGGGGGCAUACCACACAUUAGACUUAGAAUUAAAUAGGAAGUUUACAUUGCGAAAGCUACAAUGGGAUUCUGUAGCCUUAGAAAGAGUAGAUAUGGCCUGUGAUCCAGCAACCUCGGCGGAUGUUGCUGCAGUAGUAAUGCAAGAAGGCUUAGCUCAUGUUUGCCUUAUUACCUCAUCAAUGACAUUAGUCAGAUCAAAGAUAGAUAUAACAAUACCUAGGAAGCGGAGAGGCUUUACACAGCAGCAUGAAAAGGGACUUGUUAAAUUUUAUGAAGCUGUUAUGCAAGGUAUACUCAGGCACAUAGACUUUAGUGUUGUCAAAUGCAUAAUUAUUGCAUCACCCGGAUUUGUUAAGGACCAAUAUUAUGACUACAUGAUGCAACAAGCAAUAAAAACUGAUAAUAAGCUUCUUAUUGAAAAUAAAUCAAAAUUCUUGCUGGUCAAGGCUUCAUCAGGAUUUAAGCACUCUCUAAAAGAAGUUUUACAAGAGCCAUCGGUAAUGGCCAAGAUAUCAGACACAAAAGCAGCGAGUGAAGUUAAAUUGCUGGAAGGUUUCUACACAAUGCUGCAAUUGGAGCCAGCAAAGGCAUUUUAUGGAAAGAAGGAUGUUAUGAGAGCAAAUGAAGCUUUAGCAAUUGAAACACUAAUGAUUUCAGACAAAUUGUUUAGGUGUCAAGAUAUUCAGCAGCGUAAGGAAUAUGUCGGUCUGGUUGACUCGGCCAGAGACAAUGGUGCUGAUGUCAGGAUAUUUUCUAGCAUGCAUGUUUCUGGUGAACAGCUGGAUCAACUCACUGGUGUAGCAGCAAUUUUACGUUUCCCCAUGCCUGAGCUCGAGGACAGUGAUGCUGAAUACGACAGCUCGGAUUCUGAUUAAUUUUAGGUUAUGCCAGAAUAUUGACAUUUUAAUAUGCCGAGGAAUACGAUGUUCGUGUUACCUUACUACGGUUUUCUUGAUUUUACAUUUACUAUUCGAUUUAACGUGCUCGUACAGUUCAUGAAGUCGAAUAGUUAUGUCAAAUUGUAUGGGUUACUAGGGCUUCAGUUAUUUGGAGCUAAAAAGAAGGAUGAUCAUUUUGUAGUAAACAAAUUGCAUGAAAAAUCGAUCCCAAUGAUUGAAAACGAAAUGCAUUUUCGAGGAUUCCUAAAAACAAUUAAUAGCUUUGCUUACUUUUGCUGACAAGAGGCCUUCCUCUUGGGAAAGCUCUUUGGGGGCGUUGGGGGUUUAUUACAUUGCAGUAAAUCUGCUUACGUAAUACUUGAAAGAGUAUUUUUGAUACUAAGCUCUAGAUUUCAAUUGUAUUAGAUAGACAUUGCUAGGCCAAUUUAAAAGUUAGUGGGAAUUUGUUUGGUUUUGAAGGAAUGUUCCUGAAUAGCUUAUUAAAAUGUUAAAUGGAUGUUAAGUUAAAAUAAAUAAGACAAAAACAUUACUUUUAAUAUUUAUUUAUUGUUAUAAUAAUGAAACAAUAGUUGUGAGCCAUACUGUCUUUUACUUGCUUUGUAACUUAAUUGGCGUAUGUGGGGUUAUCUCUGGGACCUCGUGAAUUUUCUUUAUGUCCUAGAUAUUGAAUCGCCUACAGCUUGUAUUCGUACUCUGUAACUCCUUACUACCGAGUUUAGUUUUGUUUCGCGUAAGUCCAAGGUUGCCAUAUUACAUAUAUGAAAAAACUUGCAUACAAAUCGACGGGAACAGUGUCUCGAUUGAAAGUUACUGUACGAACGUAGGUCCCACUAUAUCUGUGUAUUUAUAAGAUACAUUGUCUCAUUUUAUAUUUAUUUUAUCAGAUCUUAUGUUGUUAAUUAUUGACAUGUUUUAACAUAGAUAAUUGUAAAUAUAUUGACACUAAAGUGUGAUAUUAUAAAAUUCCGUUUUACUGUUAGAAAAAUUUAAUUUCUGUAAAUAAUUCAAUAGUUUUUGUUAUUAAUACAAAUCAAGCUUUUA